AGUGUUCCUGUGAUCUUCGGACCUCACUGAACACCAACUGCACUACAUCAGGGAUCUGUCACUGCAGACCCAACUACAGCGGAGCAUCAUGUGACCAGUGUGCCCCCGGUUACUAUGGUUACCCCACCUGUACAGCCUGUCGGUGUUCCUCUGAAGGGUCCCGCUACAGGAGCUGCGAACAGCUGACAGGACAGUGCGUGUGCCUGCCCGGCGUGGGGGGGCUCAGGUGUGACAGCUGUGCACACGGAGCCUACGGCUUCCCCAGGUGUCAAG